AUGGCCAUUGCCAAGUUCUUUGCUUCUCUCAUCUUAGCUCUCAUUGCCAUUUCCAUGCUCCAAACAUUGGUUAUGGCUGGUAAUGACCAAGGAGGACAUCUCUAUGAUAACAAGAGCAAAUAUGGACCUGGCAGUCUUAAGAGCUACCAAUGCCCAUCACAAUGUUCGAGGAGAUGUGGACAGACGCAAUACCACAAGCCAUGCAUGUUUUUCUGUCAGAAGUGUUGCAAGAAAUGCUUGUGUGUACCACCAGGGUAUUAUGGUAAUAAAGCAGUGUGCCCUUGCUACAACAACUGGAAGACCCAACAAGGAGGACCAAAAUGCCCUUAA